CCGCCAGCCGGCUGCGUUGAGGAACUUUCCCAAAAGGAAGACUUUUCCAUAUUCGGAGAGGGGUGAAGACAAAAGGAGUGCCACUGGCUGCCUCGCCCCCGCGCCCUAGCCCCGCCAGAAUCGGACAGACAGUGGGGGCCGCAGGCUGAGACGGGCGCCUUCCCCGCAGGACGCAGGCGGACGCCCCCCUCUGCUAGCCCGCUGACGUCGCCUGAGAAGUUUGGAGAGGGAGGAGCUCGGCGCCGGGGUUCGCCGGCGGGGCGCGCCUGGGAGGGCCCAGUCUAGGAGAGGAAGCUCCUCCUCGCCGCGGCGCUGAAGACUUGACCCCACUUUCCAGAAAAGUGUGCUGAGGCCGGGGAAAAGCAGCCGGCAGCGCGGGGUCCGACGGCGGCGGGCGUGGGCCGCCUGGGAAUGGGCGGCCUUGUGACCUAGUAUUUGGGAGCAGGAACACCUCGCCGUCCGCCUGGCGCCGGAGCGGACCCAAGCGCGCGCGUGCCGGGGAGCCGCGGGAGCAGAGGGCGCACCCGGAACGGGCCUUCGGCCUGAGUGCCCGCGCCGCCAGCGACCAUGAACGGGGAGGCCAUCUGCAGCGCCCUGCCCACCAUUCCCUACCAGAAGCUCGCCGACCUGCGCUACCUGAGCCGCGGCGCCUCGGGCACCGUGUCGUCGGCCCGCCACUCGGACUGGCGUGUUCAGGUGGCCGUGAAGCAUCUGCACAUUCACACUCCGCUGCUCGACAGUGAAAGAAAUGAUGUCUUAAGAGAAGCCGAAAUUUUACACAAAGCUAGAUUUAGUUACAUUCUUCCAAUUUUGGGAAUUUGCAAUGAGCCUGAAUUUUUGGGAAUAGUUACUGAAUACAUGACAAACGGAUCAUUAAAUGAGCUCCUACAUAGGAAAACUGAAUAUCCUGAUGUUGCUUGGCCGUUGCGAUUUCGCAUCCUGCAUGAAAUUGCACUGGGAGUAAAUUAUUUGCACAAUAUGAACCCUCCUCUACUUCAUCAUGACUUGAAAACUCAGAAUAUCUUAUUGGAUAAUGAAUUUCAUGUUAAGAUUGCAGAUUUUGGUUUAUCAAAAUGGCGCAUGAUGUCCCUAUCACAAUCACGAAGUAGCAAAUCUGCACCAGAAGGAGGGACAAUUAUCUAUAUGCCACCUGAAAACUAUGAACCUGGACAAAAAUCAAGGGCCAGUGUUAAGCAUGAUAUUUAUAGUUAUGCAGUUAUCACAUGGGAAGUCUUAUCCAGAAAACAGCCUUUUGAAGAAGUCACCAAUCCUUUGCAGAUUAUGUAUAGUGUGUCACAGGGGCAUCGCCCUGACACUAGUGAAGAAAGUUUACCGUUUGAUAUACCUCACCGGCCACUUAUGAUCUCUCUAAUAGAAAGUGGAUGGGCACAAAAUCCGGAUGAAAGACCGUCUUUCUUAAAAUGUUUAAUAGAACUUGAACCAAUCCUGAGGACAUUUGAUGAGAUAACGUUUCUUGAAGCUGUUAUUCAACUAAAGAAAACAAAGAAUAAUGCAAGUACUAUUCUCUUAUGUGACAAGAAGAAAAUGGAGUUACCGCUGAACAUUCCUGUAAAUCACGGUCCACAAGAGGAAUCAUGUGGAUCCUCUCAACUCCAUGAAAGUAGCGGUUCUCCUGAAACCUCAAGGUCCCUGUCAGCUCUUCAAGACAGUGAUCUUUUAUCUAGAAAAACUCAAGGUUAUUCGUCAGUGCCACGUCACCAUCCAGUAAAUCAAUGUUGGGAAAAUAACAUUUCUGAGGCUCAGAGGACUAAAUUCUGUGAUCACAAGCCUGUCCCAUGCUCUUCAGCAGUAAUAAAUCUACGCUCAAUUGAGGGAAAUUCAGAGCGUAUGCAACCUGGUGUAGCCCAGCAGUGGAUCCAGAGUAAAAGGGAAGACAUCGUCAGCCAGAUGACUGAAGCCUGCCUUAACCAAUCGCUGGAUGCCCUUCUCUCCAGGGAUUUGAUUAUGAAGGAGGACUAUGAACUUAUUAGUACCAAACCUACAAGGACCUCAAAAGUCAGGCAAUUAUUAGACACCUCGGACAUCCAAGGAGAAGAAUUUGCCAAAGUUGUAGUGCAAAAGUUGAAAGAUAACAAGCAAAUGGGUCUUCAACCUUACCCAGAAACACUUGGGGUUUCUAGAUCACCUUAUUCAAAUUCAUUUCAAAAUAAAAGCUUAUAAAUCAGUGUUUUUCAAGAAGAAAGUCAAUUUUUAUAAAAGAUUAUUUCAUAUCUCUGUUGCCUUGAUCAUAUUGUUUUUAUAAAAUCCAUGAAUACUAAAAGCUUUACUUGAAGUGUCUUGAGGCAAAUAUUAGUCUCCUUCCAUGACAUUGCAGUAUUUUUUUUUUUAAUUAAGUUGAAAGUUUUCAUUGUGCUACAUAGUGUUCAGUUUUUUGUCUCUUUUGUUAAUUGAAACUGUUUUUCUAAAGUGUAAUAAUUGUAUUCCUCUCAUCUGUAAAAGUGUCUUAAGGUAUUAUGUGUUUCUGAUGGGAACCACCUUCACAUUCACUUCCUUUGUGGAUUAUUUAUUACUUCUCUAAGAUGCAGCCUGGCUCCAUGAAAUAUAUCCUUUUACUUAAAUUAAAGAUGUACAGCAUUCGUACCCUACAUUUCCUGUUUGAAAUCCUCUCCAAAAGGUUAUUCACUUUAAAACUCCUUUAUCCAGAUUAUAUUUUUAAAUUCAAUUUAUUAAAUCUUUUUAAAAUUCUAUUUCAAAGAUAAAACAAUAUAAAUUAUAUAAAGAAAAAAUCUUUUUGCACCGGUUUUCUGCUCUCGUUUCUAUCCUCUACUCCUCCCACUGACACCAACAACCCAGGUGUAACAGAGUUGACAGCCAAAUGUGUAUCCUUCUGCAUCCUACAUCCUGCUUGUUUUUAAAGUAUAUAGUCAUUAAGGAGAGAAUCGUUUCUUAAUAUUAUAAUUAUUAUAACAUAUCACACUACAACUUGCUUUUUCACUUCAUAGUACAUCACGUACAGCCUUCUGGGUCAGAUAUACAUCUAACUCAUUCUUUUUAAUUGCUGUACAAUAUUAUUAGGGCUACUUUUUUUCUUGUUGACACCAAAUUUAGCCCAAAAGGUAAAGAUACAUAGUGUAAGCUCCAUUUUUGCUUAAGGGGAUAUACACUAAAUAAAAACUAACGAAGAAUAGUCCUUUUUAAAAAUGUUCAGCAAAGGCAGCAAAAGUGAGAUACAGGAUAAGUUGAUACUUGAAAGUAUCAACUUUCAGAAAGAAGCACCAGACCCAUAUGUGAAAAAAAAGUUGAAUAAGAAAAAGAUGAGAUGUUGCUGAAGAAAUUAAAUAUUUUAUUACAAGUAAAAAAAUAAGCAAUUUAAUCUUCAUUUUGGAGCUUGGCAUUAAUUUGCAGUGCCUCAUUACUAUGGCUCUGAGAACGUGGAAAUUAAUAAAAAAAAAAAAGGAAAACUAAGCAUGAGUUAUCAAAUUUUUUAAAUGACGGGAAGAUGAACAUUUAAUUUUAUAAAUAGUAGAGAAAAAACAUCUUUUAGAGGCUUUCUGCUUUAUACAUAUUCUAAAAAGAAACAUUCUUUUUUAACAUAAAACCCAUUGCCAUCCAGUUGAUUCCAACUCGGUGACCGACCCUAUAGGGCAUAGUAGAAUUACACCGUAGAGUUCACAAGGAGCAGCUGGUGGAUUCAAACUGCUAACCUUUUUGUUAGCAGCCGAGCUCUCAAAUACUGUGCCAUCUGGGCUCCUCUUUUGAAUGUGUCGUUAGGUGCUGUCAGGUCAGCAUAAGGACCCUAUAGGACAGAAUAGAAUUGCCCCUUAGAGUUUCCAAGGAGCGCCUGGUGGACUCGAACUGCUGGCCUGGUUAGCAGCCGUAGCUUUUAACCACUACGCUACCAGGGUUUCCUUACGUUAACUAGAUGUGGUGUAAGUGGACUUUGCUUUUUCCAUCUUCUGCCUAGGUCUAAAAACCCACAGUUUUGUACUAGUUUAUAUGCUUGUGGCUACAGGCAGACCAGCAGCUUUCUCCCAUAAUUUAACAUAAGGGAACACAAGUGUAUUCACCCCUGAUUACAAUUCUGAAAUUUUUCUUCAUGAAUAAUAACAUUGAUGAAUGAGAAGAUGAUGUCAAAGAUAAAUCUUUGACAAGCUCUCACCCCUUCAUGGAACUGUUAGAACCUCAGCAGCUGAUUUUCAUUAUAACUGCUAAAAGAAAUUUUGAGUAGUAGCUGGACACAGCACUAAAUGACAUUGAAUAAUUUAGUUAG